ACCCCUUAGAACUAAAAUUAAAUGGCGGCCAGAGCAAUCAAGGAAGAGGGAAACGAGCACUUUAAAAGAAAGGAGUAUGGAAAGGCGGCCCAAUGCUAUACUAGGGCUAUAGAAAUAUCAACUGGCGAGGGAGAGGAGUGUAAAUCAGACGACCUUCUAGUUUAUUACAAGAACAGGGCAGCCUGUUACUUGAAGCAAGAGCGUUUCUCAGAGGCCAAGUCAGAUUGUCUUUCUGCUCUUAGAAUCAACCCAAACGACCCCAAGUCACUCUACAGGUAUGCACAGGCGCUGGAAGGAACAGGAAAUGAAGCAGAGUCGCUAGUUCAACUCAAGAAGUUACUUAAAGUUGACCCAAAGAACAAGGAAGCUAACGAAAUGGCAAGAAAGUUAAUGAUAUCACUCAAAACAGCAACUGAUCGGUACCAAUCAACAGACAGUUUAGUAAACGAAAUGUUUAAGCGUUUAUCUGACUCGUCCCUCUCGUCUGAUCAGAGAACCCAAGCAGCUAAGAACCUUGCCAUUUUGAGUCGUGAAGAAGGUGGGGCGGAUCGAAUAAUACGCUCUGGAGGCGUGACCAGUCUCCUUCCACAUUUACAGGACCAAUCGUCGGAACUCGUCAAUCAUGUUUUACAAGUUUACGUUGGUCUUGUCUCUGGUAAUAAAUCCCGAUCAGAGGCUGUCUUUAAUCAGUUCUCACUUGAUAAGAUGUCAAGUCACAUAAACUCCGCCCAGCCUAACAUAGGAAUGAGUGCUGUAGCCAUAUUAAAAGAAAUGGUGUUAUCCUUGACUGCGAUACCACCAAUUGCUAAUGGAGGAAGUGUUGGAGAGAAAGAGGCGAAGAAACCAAUGGAGAAACCCAAAGAGACAAAGACAGAAAAUGUGGAGGAGGGAGAGAUGAAGAAAGAAAAUGAGAAGAUGAAUAAAGAAGCAGCUGAAUCUAUCAGUCCUUUAUCUCCUCUCGUAUUACCAAUAGUGCAACUGAUAUUCAUAUCACUAUCAAGCCACAGAGUCAGUCCAAAUACAAGAGAUGGCCUAUUGGAAUUCUUUGUUAAGACAGUCCCACAGGUGGGCAUGCCACAGCUGUACAUUGAACAAGAACUUGUAAAACACGUUUUAAAAGUGGCUGCAGAAACGUGGGAAGAGCUGAGUAAGGAAGAACUAGAAGAGGGGGAGGAGGAGGAGGAGGAUCGGUUACCUGUUAGUCCUGAGUGUCGUAUGAAUGCAUCAAUGGUUCUCUCCACGCUUCAUAAUAGCAUUCAAGGUCGUCAUGAUAAGAGGCUUAGGGAGCUCUUCAUGGAGCAGUGUCAGGGCUUCUUUAAGACCCAGAUGCUCCAGUCUGACAUCCAGUCCCAACUCGGUCUCCUCUCGUCUCUCUCCUGUCUUCUACAGGGUGUGACAAGCCUAGGGAAUGAGAUAUUCUCUGAGGAUGCUAUUCUAUCGUUAUCAAUCUUGAUGUCAGAGUCGCCCGAUCCUACCUGUCAAGUAGCAGCUGCCGAAGCGAUCACCCUCGCUGCUUCUGAUAGCACUCGUUGUCAGGGGAUCAUGAGUAAAGGUCUCCCGGCACUCAAGAAACUCUAUCAUUCCUCGGAUGACAGGAUAAAGGUCCGGGCGCUUGUUGGUUUGUGUAAGUUGGGCAGUUCCAGUGGUGGUAAUGUUAAUAAGCAGCCGUUUGCUGAGGGAGCUACUCUUAAACUGGAGAAGACUUGUAGGAGGUUCCUUGUGAGUACGAAGAAAGGAGAUAACCUAAGAAAAUGGGCCGCAGAGGGAAUAGCUUUUCUCUCGUUAGAUGCAGAAGUGAAGGAGGAGCUCGUUAAAGAUGGCCCCGCCCUAAAAGUCCUUUUUGAUCUCGUCAAGUCCUCUCCUGAUAAAUCCCUCCUUUAUGGGAUAGCAUCAAUCCUCGUCAACCUCACCAACAGCUACGAUAAACCAGAGAGAAACCCUGAACUCGAAGAACUCGGGAAAUUUGCCGGUGAAAACAUGCCUAAAGAGCACGAGUUUGAUGAACCGAAAUACGUAAAGAAGAGAAUAGAAGAGCUUUUAAAGAGUAAAGUGGUUGGAGUGUUGUCGGAAUUGACGGCAGCUACUGGCAGUUCUGCCAUUAGAGAGCAGGCCAGUCGUGUAUUCUUAGCUUUAGUUGGUGAAGUCUCUCAUCGUGGCUCUAUAGUGCAGCAAGGUGGAGUGAAAUCAUUAAUACAGCUAUCAUUGGAUAACAACACAGAUAAGGGGAAGCUAUUUGCUGCACAGUCUCUUGCUAAAAUUGGGAUCACUAGUGACCCACGUCUUGCCUUCCCUGGUCAACGGUCGCUGGAGAUUGUACGCCCACUUGUCAAGCUCCUUGGUUUUCAAAGCAGCGGCUUACAGCAGUUUGAAGGACUCAUGGCCCUCACUAAUCUAGCAUCCACUAGCGAUGAUGUGCGUGGGCGUAUUGUGAGAGAGGGGGCAAUACCGACAGCCGAGGGACUCAUGUUUGAAGAGGACGAUCUCAUACGACGUGCCGCAACUGAACUACUCUGCAAUAUGAUACAAGUUGAUGAGGUUUUUGAGCGCUUUCACGGAGAUGAUCUGGAGAGGGUCAAACUGUGGACUCUCUUUUCUGGCGAGGAAGAUCUGGCCCUAGCUCGUGCGGCCUCCGGAGGACUUGCUCAGCUCUCUCAUGACAAGAAGAUCUGUCGUAAGAUCCUUGAGGUGAAAUCUUCUAAAGACAUACUUAAGGAGCUGCUGACCAAAGGAGAAGAAGACCUUCUUUAUCGUGGCCUUUACAUACUUGCCAACCUGAUAGAGGCUGAUCAAGAGAUUGGAGAAGAAAUCAUAAUUAAAGAUGAUGCUUUCCUUGAGAUACUAAUGGCCUAUGUCCAAGGAGAUUAUAAUGAUAAGUUAAAAGCUGAGGCCAAGAGAGCUUUGAGUAAAGCAAUGGAUUAUGGUCUUAUACAGCCUAACCCUCAAUUAACUUGGGACUAAACAGAUAGCUUUUAAUGAUGACUAUUAAUUUCUCAAUUACACAAUUCCCAAUUCAUAGUUUUCUUCUAAUUAAUUUUAUUUAUAAGAUUAA